CAAUAAUAUAAAAUCGCACAUUGAAAUUGCCAAUUUACCGACACACUGAUUUCAUGGCACGACCGACUGAAAACAUAAACAAUUGACAGUUUUCACAUUGUACCGUCAGUUGUUAGUACAAAAACACUUACAUUAACCUUAGAAAAUAAUAAACGAAUGAACAAUACACACAACGAACAUAAAUUUAGCGAUAAAAUUUGGUAUGUUUGAAAUUUGAUGAAAAAGUCGAAAAUUAAGCCGUAAAAAUGGAUGAAACAUUCAUGUUUGUUCACAUAACACACGAAGUGAAUUUUACCAUUUUUGAUACCAAAUGGUUACCGCAAACGGCAAAAUUUGCGGCAAUUGGCGCCAAAACGAAUGGAACCGGUGGUUUAAUCAAAGUAUUCGAAUUGAAUGGAAAACAACUUGAUAUUACGCGUGAAAUAAGCCGACAAAAUGCAUUCAAAUGUUCGGCGUUCGGUUUGUCACGAACGAAAAAUUAUUAUUUGGCUGUUGGCGAUUUUGGCGGUUCACUACAAAUUAUAGAUUUGGAUCGAUUUGAUGUCUUCAAUAUUGAUAACGCUCACAAGGGUGUCAUCAAUGCCAUUGAUGCGGCUGGAUCUCAGAAAAAUCGAGGCGCAACCGAAAUAGUAACGGGUGGACAGGAUGGUCAUGUCAAAGUUUGGGAUCCAAGAUGCAAUUAUGCGGUCGUACAACUGAUGCCAAAACAAGGUACCAAACGUCCUGAUUGUUGGUCAGUGGCAUUUGGUGACUCAUACAAUAGAUUCGAGCGAUGUGUGUUUGCUGGCUUUGAUAACGGUGAUAUCAAAUUGUUUGAUUUGCGUACGUUAAAAGAGCGAUGGGAUGUGAAUGUAGGGAAUGGAGUUUGUGGCCUUGAAAUGGACAAUAAAUACGAACCAUUACGCAAAUUGGUGGCUUGCACAACAUUUGGCGGGAUACAUGCUUAUUAUUUUGAUGAAUGUGAUGCGCCUGUACCAAUGUAUGCGUUUGCAAAGGAUACGAUUAGCUGUGAAACAAACGCAAUCAGUGAUAAUAUUAGGGGAAAAACUAAUCCAACCAUUUGGUGUGUCCGUCAUCUACCUCAAAAUCGUGACAUUUUUGCAACUUGUAGUAGUAGCGGAAUGUUGAAAGUUUGGCAAAGCCCAAAAGAAAGUUGUAAUUUCGAAACCAAUUCGUUGAAGGUCAUGUGCAAACUAUCGCUCGGUAAUAAACUAAUCAAUUGUUUUGAUUGGAGCCCGGAUCGAACUGGAUUGGGUGUUUGCAGUUCAUUUGAUAAAAAGAUACGAGUUAUUGCCUCAGUUAAUAUGCCAUUAGGUCAAUAAAUCAAUAGAAAAUAAAUUGAUAUAUUA